AUGUUUGAUCAAUUAUUGAAUAAUAUGUCUAAUUAUACAAAUCUAUAUUUCAUUAUUAAUAAUCAUACUACUACUACUAAUACUACUCCGUCUUCUCCUCAUUCUUCUCCACCUUCUCAUCCAACUACGACGACUACUACUACUACGACGACAACAACAACGAUUCCUACUACUCAUCAUACUACUUAUAUCAUCCCUAUUACAUUAUCUAAACAAACUGAAAUAGAUUUAGAAUAUUUAGAUCAUAUAUUAUCUAUAAUGCGUUUAAUAUGUGGUAAAAUUUUAACCCCCUUAUUAUGUUUAAUUGGAUUUAUAUCCAAUAUUAUUAAUAUUAUUAUAUUAACAAGAGAAUGGAUGAGUUCAUCAACUAAUAUUUAUUUAACUGCUGUAUCUAUAUGUGAUUUAUUAUAUUUAUUAUUUACUUAUUUAUUUUCAUUAUGGUUAUAUCCAUCUAUUCAACAAUUAACUUUAUAUGCAUAUAGUAUUACAUAUAUACAUGGUACUGCUAAUUUAUUUAGUAAUAUUACUACAUGGCUUACAGUAAGUUUUACAUUAGAACGUUAUAUUGUUAUAUCAUCACCUAUAUUAGGUAAACGUUAUUGUACUAAACAACGUGCACGUUAUGUUAUUAUUAUUAUAUUUAUUAUAUGUUUUUUAAUAACAUUACCAGAUUAUUUUAAAAAAACCAUCAAAUAUAAUCAUACUACUUAUAAUACUACUCAUAAUAAUAGUAAUCAUCAUUAUCAUCAUAAUCAAUUAAUCAAUAAUUCAACCAAUAUAACAAUCAAUAAUGAUCAUAAUCAUAAUAAUAAUCAAUAUUUAGUUGUUGAUACACAAAUCAAUAUUAUUUUAAUUAAAAUUGGUUAUGAUUAUAUUAAUCAAAUUAUAUUUAUUAUAUUACCAAUGAUAUUAUUAAUUAUAUUUAAUAGUUUAUUAAUAAGAUCUGUGAUGAAAGCCAAUUAUGAUCGAAGAAUAUUGAUCAAACAAGGUAAUAAUAAUAAUAAUAAUAAUAAUACUUGUAUACCAUCGAUCAAUAUUAUAAAUGAUCCGAAAAAUAUUGAUUUAUUACCGAAUAGUAAUACAAAUAUCAAUACUCCUAAUGAUAAUAAUGGACGUCAAUAUAGUAUGGUUCAAUUAAAUCAAGAAGCUACAACAAGUCACAAUGUACCAGCUAUUGUACGUGAUGCAUUAGAAGCAAGUAUGAGAACAACAAUUGGUAUCACAUCUAGUAUAACACAAUCAUAUCGAUCAAUGAAUUAUCAAACAAAUUUAUUACCAAUUAUGAAUAUUAAAAAAGGUACAAAAUUAGGUGAACAACAUCGUAUUACAUUAAUGUUAAUUACAAUUGUUAUAGCAUUUGUAUUAUUACAAUUACCAAGUAUGGUACCAACAAUAAUAAUGAAUUUAUGGAAUACUGGUAUAAUACAAUCAACACAAUAUACAACUAAGUGCCUAUUAAUCUAUGCAAAUAUAUCAAAUGUAUUAUUAAUUAUUAAUGCUGCAUUAAAUUUUGUAUUUUAUUCAUUAUUUUCAGCAAGAUUUCGUCAAACAUGUUAUAUACUAUUGAAAAAUAUUACUUGUUUAAAACAUUUUUUAUAUCAAUAAUACUUAUACUACUAUGAAUACUACUUAUAUCAAUAAUCAUAAUUAAUCAUUUGAUAAAACACUAAUUCAUAGUGAUAAACUUUCAUUGAAAUAAUUCUGUUUCUAAAUACAAUUAUUAAUGAGUAUCCAUGAUAAAUAUUCAUAGUAACUGAAUGUCAUGAUUAUAGAUCAAAGUCAACUUAUCUAUCCUGUGAGUAUACAUAGAUAAUCUUUGGAACAGAUUGAUGUUUACUGAAGAAAAAUUCAUCUAUAUAUAACUAUAGUAAUUUUCCAAUGAAAGAAUCUAGAAUGUUCCAAGAAGAUGAAAUCAUGGAAUUCAUUGAAAGUAAUCAAAGUAUUCAUGCCUUGAGGAUUCCAAGUGAGAGCCUGGCUUGUGACACAGUUGGGUGCUUUCCUCAAUAUCUCUCCUAUCCACUUCCAGUGCUUGUUCCCGAUUUCUUCCUCCACUGGAAUGUGGUUUGUUCUCUCCCAUAGUAGGUUGUUGCUCAUAGUGUGGUGUCUGGCUAACGGAUCCGAAUUAUUUUGUGUAGACAACUGUUAAUAAAC